AUGGACACGGCAAUAGAUCUAUCAGACCCGUCGAAAGCUCUAGAUCUCGCAAACAUAAGGUUUCAGCUCAUCCGUCUUGAAGACACCAUCAUCUUCCACAUAAUCGAAAGGGUCCAGUUUCCACUCAAUCCUACCAUAUACGUACCUGGAGGAGUGGAGAUUCCCGGCAGCGAUUUGAGUUUGGCUGAUUGGCUCCUUGCGGAGCAGGAACGUCUACAAUCCCGUGUUCGACGCUAUGAGGCACCAGACGAGUAUCCGUUCUUCCCUCGAGUUCUUGAGAAACCUAUUCUCCAGCCAUUGUCAUAUCCCAGAAUUCUUCACCCAAACGAUGUCAACGUAAACGCAACCAUCAGGCAGAAAUAUCUUCAAGAGGUCCUACCAGAGGCCUGUCGGAAGUUUGAUAGAGAGGACCGAGGCGAGACAAAGGAGAACUAUGGCUCUACUGCAACAUGUGACGUGAUGUGCCUUCAAGCCCUAUCCCGACGAAUCCACUUUGGGAAGUUUGUGGCGGAGGCUAAAUUCCAGAAGGAGACCAAAAGAUUUGUAGACCUGAUCAAGAAAGAAGACCGAAAAGGGAUCGAUGCUGCCAUUACUAACUCGGAAGUUGAGAAGCAGGUCUUGGAACGGCUCAGACUAAAGGCAAAGGCUUAUGGCUCUGACCCCUCGGUUGGUGAAGGAGGGAAUGAGAAGAUAAACACCGAAGCGGUUGUGGCUAUGUAUUCUCAGGUUGUGAUACCACUGACCAAGUUGGUGGAGGUGGAAUAUCUCAUGCAGAGGUUGACAGCCACUGAGUGGGAGUAA